CUCAGGACCAAUACAGGAGAUGACAGAUAGCCUUCGUCUGCCCAAUGUUGAAUAUCUCACGCUUAAAACUCAUUCCAGCGCUCAGCCCUACUCUUCCUCUGACAUUUUCAGCAUGAAUAUGAUUGAACCAUCCCAAUUUUCGCUUUGGUCACUAUCAUUGAAUUUCCCCCUCUGUCUAUACUCAAUCUCAGCAAUGUCUUCCAAUCUGGCACAGUUAAGCAUCACGGUGGAGAACUGGGCGGCAUGCGAUACGUUCAUCUCCCUUCGAGUGAGGAAGGACGGCGGAGACCUGGUCCCGAAUCCAAUCGAGUUGUGUAUCACUGAUGUGACGUCGAAAUGUGGGGGCCAAUCCUUCACUCACGAAACGUUUGGGCCUUUGAUAGAGUCGCGGUGGAAUACAGAGCGCUUACGGCGCUUCGAAAUGCAUGCCUGGUACGGAUGGGGAGACCCAUAUUAUUCUGAGGUUGUUCGGCGGACGUUAGGGAAGCAUUGGCAAACAGAGGAAUUGGAGGAUAUAAUUUCUCAAUGCAAAAGAUCACCAGGGAUCAGGAAACCGACGUCUUCAUCUGGGUCUCUUAUCCCACCGACAGUUUCGCAAACACGAACGUUCCGUUACCUGACCCACGAUACAUCGGACAUACGUCAGCCGGUCCUCUGUAUACAUAAAUGGUUCUUAAACCUGCAAGGAGGCGAUGCUGUCAGGCGCAAGAAUUUCCUUGCUAAAGAGGAGUGGCUCUUCAAGCCGAGUCUCCUCCGAAUGAGCGCGAGGUGCUCUGGAUGCCUUGGCGUUAUUAAUUUCGAAGAAGACUAUGACGUUAAUGCAUGGACGAGACAUCGCGACUCGUGUAAGGGAAUCGAAGAGAGGAUGAUGAUUGCCGUUUCUAAAGAACUGGAGUUUCCGGCAGGAGAUAUGGAUGAGUACGAUUCUGACGAUGCGUUUUACGGUCCUGAUGAUGGGUGGGAGCCCGUAAAGCAAUCUGUACCGGACGAGAAAUGGCACAUGUUAAAGGAAAUAUUAGCGUUAUUGGAAAAAUCUGCCGAGGAGGCGGAGGAGAAUGGGUCGAAGACGGUGACGUUUAUAGAAAUCGAAGAUGGCGAAGAUGUUGAGGAAGACGUCGAUGAUACUGAUGGUAGUUGCAUCAGAUGCGAGAAUGAAGCCUACUCCGAGGGAAAAGGUUCGAGUUCGGGCCAUGAUUUCAGUGUACCGGCUGCUGGCCCGGCUUAA